CCUAGCAUUAUUUGUUUGUGUUAAAAAUGUUUUUUGUUAAUAAUUUGAAGUAUUCCAAUAAAACUUUUCGACCUAUUUUCGAAUUGAAUAAAACUCGAAAUGAAUGUGCCAAAGAGACCCGUCGAUGUUACGUAGAUAAAUUAACUAGCCCAGAUGUCACCAUACCAUUUUCAAAUGGACGUAAUUUGAAUAUAUCCACCGGCCAGUAUGCUCGAUUAGCAGACGGUUGUGCGGUAGCAAACCUGGGAGACACUUCAGUGAUGGUGACUGUAGUAUCCAAAGCAAAACAGGGCACCAGCGGCUUCCUACCCUUGACAGUAGAUUAUCGACAAAAAUCAGCAGCAGCCGGAAGAAUACCGACCAACUUUUUUCGCAGAGAACUGGGGCCAUCUGAACGAGAAAUAUUGACAUCUCGUCUUAUAGACAGGAGUUUGAGGCCUUUGUUCCCAGAAGGCUUCAACAAUGAAACACAGGUUAUUUGUAAUAUGUUGGCCGUGGAUGGAGUGAACAAUCCAGAUGUCAUAUCAAUAAAUGCAGCUUCUGCUGCCUUAUCUCUAAGUGACAUUCCAUGGAAUGGACCUAUUGGAGCAGUGAGAAUAGGACUAAUUGAUAAAGAAUUCCUAAUUAAUCCUACACGCAAGGAAAUGCAAGAGUCUGCUUUGAAUUUGAUUGUGUCUGCAACCAAGAGAAACUUAGUGGUUAUGUUGGAAGGUAAUGCAGAUGUUAUUUUAUUGCAGGAUUUGCAAAAAGCUGUUAAACUUGCUACAAAAGAGGUACAAACUAUAGUGACUGAGAUUGAUAGGCUUCAAAAAACAUAUGGCAAAGUGAAAAGAGAAAUUGAUAUACCUCAAGUGUUAUCAGAAGAGGUAACAGAAGCAUUGAGGUCCCUAUCUGAUAUGCGUGUAAGAGAAAUUUUCAAAAACUAUACAUAUGACAAGUUGAGUAGGGACAAUGCUCUUUUGGAGGUUAGAAUUGAUGUUCUAGAAAAAAUCAAAGCAAGUUUUCCUGAUGCAGACUUCAAUUUACUCACAGAUUGUUAUAAUAAAAUUGUUAAAGAGAUUUUUCGUGAUCUCAUAUUUGAAGAACAGCAUAGAUGUGAUGGACGUGAAUUCAACCAACUGAGGGAUAUUUCUUGUAAAGUGGAUUUAUAUAAGCCAUUACAUGGUUCAGCACUAUUCCAAAGGGGACAGACACAAGUGUUCUGUACAGUUACAUUAGACUCUCAUGACAGUGCUCUGAAAUUGGAUCCAUUGAGUGUGCUGACAAGUGGUAUUAAGGAAAAAAACUUCUUCCUGCACUACGAAUUUCCUCCUUUUGCAACCAAAGAAACCGGCAGGAUGGGACCUAUCGGCAGACGGGAAAUGGGCCAUGGAGCUUUGGCGGAAAAAGGAUUGACUCCAACGAUUCCAAAUAAUUUUCCCUUCACCAUAAGACUGACGUCCGAAGUGUUGGAAUCUAACGGUUCUAGUUCCAUGGCUAGCGUAUGUGGGGGUAGUUUGGCUUUGAUGGACGCCGGGGUGCCGAUUAUCUCCCCCGCUGCUGGGGUCGCCAUGGGAUUGGUCACUCGAUAUGAUGCGGCCAAUAAGGAAAUCGAGGACUACUGUUUGUUGACCGAUUUAUUGGGCAUAGAAGAUUAUAUGGGCGAUAUGGAUUUCAAAAUUUCCGGUACGAAAAAAGGUAUAACGGCACUACAAGCAGACAUAAAGAUUCCAGGAUUGCCUUUGAAAAUUGUUAUGGAAGCAAUCCAGCAGGCCACAGAAGCAAAAUCGGCUAUCAUCAAUAUAAUGAACGACUGUAUAGACAAACCAAGAUCUAUGAAAAAAGACAAUUGGCCGGUCAGCAAAAAAAUUGAAGUGGAAGCACACAAAAGAUCUAGGUUGCUAGGAGUAGGCGGAAUCAAUUUGAAGAAGUUGUUUGCCGAAACAGGUGUCCAUGUGUCUCAAAUAGAUGAUAGCACGUUCGAUGUGUUCGCGCCUAGUCAGAGCGCGAUGGACGAGGCAGAAGAGAUCAUCAAAAAAUGGCUGACCACCGAAAGGGCGCCCGAUUUGGAAUUCGGCGGCAUUUACAAAGCGACCAUCGUCGAACUGAGAGACAUCGGUGUUAUGGUCACCCUGUAUGCGGGCAUGCCGCCCGCUUUGCUGCACAAUUCCCAAUUGGAUCAGAGAAAGGUGGCUCAUCCUUCGGCCCUAGGACUGGAAAUCGGUCAAGAAUUACAAGUGAAAUAUUUCGGGAGGGAUCCCGUUUCAGGACUGAUGAGGCUUUCCAGGAAAGUUCUGCAAGCUAAUGUGCGAUAGGUAGUGAUAAAUUAUAGGAUUUUUCAAUUAUUAAUAAUAAAUUGUUUCAUAAAUAUACAUACUUUUGUUUGAA